AUGAUUGUGCCGCUAUUGUCAGAGAAACCCGAGGAGAGAGAGAGAGAUGACCCGAUGGGAGAGAAGGGGAAGACCACCCGCGACGCUGCCGGAGCUUCCAUGGCCGUCAGAAACUGCCACCUACCUCCGCCACUGCUAGGGUUCGCCGCCGGAGAGAUAGAGAGAUCUGAAGGUGUGCUGGGAACCCAACCACCGAGACUGGCCACCGAUCGCGUCACCGGCGCCGCCUCGGUCGGAACUGCCGCCAUCAGAAAAGGGUUCUGGUUGCCAGGAGUGGUUCUGCGACUCCCGGGACCAUCGCCGGAGCUUCUGGCUACUUCUGCCGUCGCCGGAAAAAUUGCCGUUGAUCCGCCGGAGCUUCUGGCCGCCGCCGGAGCUGUUGUCGGGCCGGUUCGAAAUCGCAGUUGCCUCAUUGUGUUGUUUCGUGUUGCUAUGGUUAUUGCGAAUGUGAUUGGAGCUGAGGUUUUGGUUGCCGUCAGUUCGGUUUCAGGAUAUGGGCGCAGAAGUCACGAAGAGUUUAUUUAGUUGUUGUUGAAAUGCUUUGUAUUGCUUUAGACUAUUAUCUGUACCCUCGCCUUUAUCUUGAGAUAUUCUGCAAGAGGGAUAGGAAUUUUAUUGGUUAAUGCUUGUAAUAUUAUAUAUGUAUAUGUAUAUAU